GUUAUCAAGAUAUUUUAAAAGUGACUACAGUAAAUUUUCGGGUAUUUGUUUCAACAAUAUCUCAAGGACUACUGGCAUGUAAGAGUGUACAUAAAUCGUUCAGGUGUUGAUUAAAAGACAGAUUUAAGUAUGUUUACCUGUACCUAGGUUGACCAGCUGAUAACGGGGGUUUUUAUUGCAUAUGACGAAAACGGCUAAAGGAAUCCCCGAUAUCAUACUCUUUCUGUUAAGUUUGUACUUGUAUUACAUAGAAGGAAGAUGAUACAUAUAGUGAUUAGGAGUUUUAUACUCCUAUCCUUAUGGAUGAUAGCUAAUGGGCAUUCACAUAAAGGUAAAGGUACUAAUAAAGUUUAUCUGGAGGAUUACUGUGGGAAGACCUUAAACAUCCAAGGGUCCUGGACCCGUCUAAAGCUGACCAGAAGGGAUGAAUAUCCUGACAAUUUUAACUGCACGGCCUCUAUUGUAACCUCCGAAAUGACGUACUCGGGAAAUCCCUCGCGCCUGAUGGUGGUUAUCCACAAACUGGAGACCAUAUGUCCAGGAGAUAAACUUAGACUGCUGGAUGGAAACACGUCUACCCCUCUGAAAGCAUUAUACUAUUGUGGAAAACACGAACCAGAGCAGGCCAUGUACACCGUCGCUUCUCAAUUAAUCGUAAACUUUGAAAGUGACGCUUUUAGAAAUGACGACGGAUUUGAACUGUACAUCACACGUUUCCAUUUAGGUAUUUGUGGGGAUGACGAGUUUCGGUGUGCCAAAGGACCGUGUAUCGAUAAGUCUCUGCACUGUGACGACCAUGACCAAUGUGGGGACGACUCGGACGAGUGUGAACGGAAAUCCGGACUGGUGGCCGCCAUUAUUGGAGUCACGUGUUUUGGAUCACUACUCACCAUCGUCGUUCUAUGCUAUGUUUGCCCAAAGUAUCGCAUAUUUUGCAACAAAUCGGAAACACGUGGACAGAUACAACGUAGAUCAACGAAAUGCAGAAUUCAUUCUAUGCCGUUUAACGACACCAAGAUGGCGUCACCAGGGAUAGUAUUGUCUGUGCCACCUUCACUUAAACAGGCACCACCACUUUACACUCUUUCACCACCUGCAUAUUCGAUGGUGGUCAACGAUACAUCAGUAGAUGGAAGCGAAGGAGUGCUGCCAACCAAAACCCCCCUCAACUAGAAAAUGUGUGAUUUAAUUGAUUUCUUGUAUUUGUUAAUUAAGACAGCUUUGACAGACGUUAUACUCAUGGAUGUAUAGAAUGUUACUUUUGAUGAUGAUGUUGAAAAAGACAAACUGAAUACGCUUACAAGUGUUAAUUAC